GGAGAAGUAACCGGAAGUGAGCUGUACAACUGAUUAUUGGACGAGUUUCAGGUAUUGUGUCUCCUGACCCGUCAUGUCUGUCAGAGUAUCAUCCAUGAGUGUUUUCCCUCCGGUCCGACGGGACCGAGUCAUCGCUCGGCUCCCUCAGUCUUUCAGGAAAGAGGCAUCGCUCCACACGAAGGAGGAUUUCAGCAGUAAAGUGAGGACGGCCUGCCAGGAGCAGCGGACCGGCACCGUGGGAUUCAAGAUCUCGAAGGUCAUCGUUGUGGGAGAUCUGGCUGUGGGGAAAACCUGCCUGAUAAACAGGUUCUGUAAGGACGCCUUUGAUAAGAACUACAAGGCAACGAUUGGCGUCGACUUUGAGAUGGAGCGCUUCGAGGUGCUCGGCGUUCCCUUCAGCCUGCAGCUGUGGGACACUGCAGGCCAAGAAAGGUUCAAGUGCAUCGCCUCGACGUAUUACAGAGGAGCUCAAGUUGUGAUAAUUGUGUUCGAUCUAAACGACAUCGCCUCUUUGGGCCAUGCCAGGCAGUGGCUCGAGGACGCAUUGAAGGAGAACGACCCCACCAGUGUUCAGCUGUUCCUCGUUGGCACAAAGAAGGACCUGAGUUCUCCUGCUCAGUAUUCCCGGAUCGAACAAGAUGCCAUAAAACUUGCUAACGAGAUCUGUGCGGAGUAUUGGGCCGUUUCUUCGCUGACGGGGGAAAACGUGACAGAGUUUUUCUUUCGAGUUGCUGCUCUGGCGUUCGAGACCAACGUUCUCGCAGAGUUGGAGAAAAGUGGAACGAGGCAGAUCGGAGACGUCGUCAGAAUUAACAGCACCUCCCGCGACCUGCAGGCCAGGUCCAAGAAGAGCCCGUCCUCCUGCUGCCAGUAA